AUGUAUGUGAAAUGGUUUGAUACAGUAAUGUUUUACUAUGUGAUUUUAGUGAAUGUCACUUUUUGUCAUUUUCAAAUUUCCCGCCGUUCCGUCCCUGUAUGUCCCGACGUCACAGGGGACGGAACCCAGAAGACAGAUGCCGGAAUCCGCUGGAGGACAUUACAGGGGACACUGCAGGAGGGACAUCGCGGGAGCGCAGGACAAGGUAAGAGAAGAACAGAUCCCGGAGCAGCGCCGCAUGGUAAGCCCGAGUGUAGUUCGGGGUUACCGCUUGUGCUACACCUGGGAAUACCGCCAGGGAGGCUA